AGCAUGAAAACUGCAUUGAAAAACCUUUUCUCAACCAACCCAAGCCAAAACUUCAACUCCUAUAUUAAAAAAUGUGCUUCUUUAUUAAAAAAUUUCUCAGAAAAAGGCUUGGUCACUGGAGGAACUGUCCUCCAUUGCCAUCUACACAAGAAGGGUAUUUUUUCUGAGAAAUUUAUAGCUAUCAAGCUAUUAAUAAUGUACCUUGAUUUUAGGAAAUUAGAUGAAGCUAAUGAGAUUGUGAAGGAGUUUAAUGGGUUUGAUUUAGUUGUCCAAAACUGUUUGAUUAAUGCCAAUAUUCAGUGGGGAAAUUUGGCUGAAGCUCGAAGACUGUUCGAUCAAAUGCCUGAAAGAAACGAGGUUACGUGGACAAUGUUGAUUUCAGGUUUAAUGAAAUAUGGAAGAUUGCAAGAAUCAAUGUGGUACUUUGAAAUGAACCCAUUCAAGAGUGUGGUUUCGUGGACAGCGGGGAUCAGUGGGUUCGUUAAAAACGGGUCUAGUUUUGAUGGUUUGAAGCUUUUUGUAAGGUUGCUUGAAUCCGGGGUUAAGCCAAAUAAAGUUACCUUUAUUUCUGUGGUUAGCGCGUGUAUUCAAACAGGGGAUUUUGCGUUGGGAAUGAGUGUUUUGGGAUUGAUAGUGAAAACCGGGUUUGAGGAUAAUGUAUCGGUUUGUAACUCUUUGAUAACAUUGUGUUUAAGGAUGCGUGAAUUUGACUUGGCGAGGAGGGUGUUUGAUCGCAUGGAAACGAGAGAUGUCGUUUCUUGGACAGCAAUACUGGAUAUGUAUGUGGAGAAGGGGGACUUGGGUGAGGCAAGGAGAAUUUUUGAUGAGAUGCCAGAAAGAAAUGAAGUUUCUUGGAGUGCAAUUAUAGCUAGGUAUAGUCAGAGUGGUGAUCAUUUAGAGGCUUUGAAACUCUUUCGACAAAUGGUUCAAGAAGGGCUUAAGCCAACUAUCUCUUGUUUCUCUUGCAUUCUUAGUACAUUGGCUAGCCUCGAGAUUUUACGAACAGGGAGGAACAUCCAUGCACAUGUUAAGAAAAUUGGGCUUGAGGGAGAUGUUUUUAUCGGUAGCUCUCUUGUUGACUUGUACUGUAAAUGUGGAGAAACUAAAGAUGGACGCUUGGUUUUUGAUUCGAUUGAAAAGAAGAAUGUGGUUUCAUGGAAUUCUAUGCUUGGUGGCUAUAGCAUGAAUGGACAAAUGGAUGAAGCUAAGGAUUUGUUUGAUAACAUGCCAACUCGAAAUAAUGUCUCUUGGGGUGCUAUAAUUAGCGGCUAUGUAGAAUAUAAGCAAUUUGAUAAGGUGUUUGAAGUUUUCAAUGAGAUGCUUUUGUCAGGGGAAACUCCAACCAAGCCCACCUUCUCGAGUGUGCUUUGUGCCUGUGCAAGUGUGGCUUCAUUGGAGAAGGGCAAGGAUCUCCAUGGGAAGAUCUUAAAACUAGGGUUCCACUAUGAUGUUUACUUAGGCACUGCGUUAACUGAUAUGUAUGCUAAGUCUGGAGAUAUUGAAAGCUCUAAGCAGGUGUUUGAUAGAAUGCCAGAGAGAAACGAAUUCUCAUGGACUGUUAUGAUUCAAGGCCUUGCAGAAAGUGGUUUUGCAAAAGAAUCUCUCACUUUGUUUGAAGAAAUGAAAAGUUGUACCUCUGUUUCUCCUAAUGAGCUCAUGCUUUUAUCAGUUUUAUUUGCAUGUUCUCACUGCGGGUUAGUUGAUAAAGGACUCCAGUUCUUUGGUGCAAUGGAGUCAGUAUAUGGUAUAAGGCCAAAGGGAAGACAUUACACAUGCGUAGUGGAUAUGCUAUCUCGAUCUGGACGCCUGUAUGAAGCUGAAGAGUUGAUCAAUUCCAUGCCAUUUCAACCUGAGGCUAAUGCACUGGCAGCUUUAUUAAGUGGCUGCAAGACAUACAAAAAUGAGGAGAUAGCAGAAAGAACAGCCAGAAAACUUGGUGAACUAGCAGAAAGAAACUCCGCCGGAUUUGUCUUGUUGUCAAACAUAUAUGCUUCAGCUGGGAGAUGGAUUGAUGUUUCAAAAAUUAGGAAAUUAAUGAGGGAGAAGGGAUUGAAAAAGAAUAGCGGCUGCAGUUGGGUUGAGGUGAGAAACCAUGUAUAUUCUUUUUCUUCGGAUGAUAGAACACACUCAAAAUCAGCAGAGAUUUAUGAUAUCUUGGAGCUCUUGAGAUCUGAAAUGAUGGCUCCUUAAAGUAACUUAUCUAACUUACAUUCUCCCCUUUCCUGACCUGCGGGAAUGAUCUGGACUUCAUGGAUGUUGUAUGCUGUACCAUAGUCCAUUUUAACUUCUUCGAGAACACAUGCAUCGGUGUCAUCCGAGCAGGCAGUUAAAGGGAUAUAUAUAGGGCUGCAUAAUAUACAUAGUGGUUGCAGAUGCAGCAUUAACAUCAGAGAAAAUGAAGGGUUGGCCUCUUGAUACAAGAUGGGAGCAUUAUGUCUUGGAUUCUAGUCUCUCUACUCGAACCUUUGUACUCUGAAGGUUCCAUGCUAAGAAGUAAAUGGAAUUUUGUUUCCAAAGGCAAGAGAGUCCAGGUUUCAAUUGUAGAAAGCAAGGUUGAAUGAUCUGAGUAGGCUGGUGGAGGGCUGCAUACAAUUAGAAAUAAGAAGACCAUAGGCAAAAAAACGUAAUCACAGACAGAAGAUCUUUUUCCCCUCUUAGAGUAGAAAAUCUAACCAUUUACAUGCUUAUCCUCCUAAAACAUGUUUAGUGAUUUUGACUCCAGCAAUAGCUGCAUUGUAUACUCAUGCUGGGCAACCUGUAGUUCAUUUUGAAGUUGCUGCACCUGCGAGAAUUGCAAAUAAGGAUGAGACAAAGAAAGUGAAGCCUAAUCAAGGAUGCCCAGCACAUAGGUUUUUUAUACGGACGCAAAUGUAUAUAGCUUGCAAGUUAAGGUGUGCCAAAAGUUUAACUUGAAGCAAAAAAAGAAGAUUGGCAAAUUUUAGUCUUUCCAAGUGAUUAUUAAUGCAUCAAUCAAAUUGCUUUUUUUCUUUUUUUUUACCUUCAUGUUAAGUUCUUUCUCCGCCUUCUCUAAUUCCAGUACCCUGCAAAUCAAGAAAUUUGCU